AUGGUACCAGUAAGCUCGGGGCAAAAUAUUUCACAAACUGGAGUCAACAAUACGACUACUCCAGGAACUCCUAAUAAUCCAACAGGAGGAUCUGCUAAAGCAAGUUCCGGGGUGAAACCUAACUAUGCACUAAAGUUCACUCUUGCUGGUCACACAAAGGCAGUAUCUGCUGUAAAAUUCAGCCCAAAUGGUGAAUGGCUUGCAAGUUCAUCUGCUGAUAAAUUAAUCAAAAUCUGGGGAGCAUAUGACGGAAAGUUUGAAAAGACAAUUUCAGGACAUAAAUUGGGUAUAUCAGAUGUAUCGUGGUCUAGUGAUAGCAGGUUAUUAGUAAGUGCUUCUGAUGAUAAAACAUUAAAAAUUUGGGAACUGAGUUCAGGAAAGUGUUUGAAAACUCUUAAAGGUCAUAGUAAUUAUGUUUUUUGCUGUAACUUCAAUCCUCAGUCUAACCUAAUUGUUUCUGGCUCAUUUGAUGAGAGUGUUCGCAUCUGGGAUGUAAGAACUGGAAAGUGUUUAAAGACAUUGCCUGCUCAUUCAGAUCCAGUGAGUGCUGUUCAUUUUAACAGAGAUGGUUCCCUAAUUGUGUCCAGCAGCUAUGAUGGCCUCUGCAGAAUAUGGGAUACUGCAUCAGGUCAGUGCCUGAAAACACUGAUAGAUGAUGACAAUCCUCCAGUGUCAUUUGUUAAAUUUUCUCCAAAUGGCAAAUACAUCCUUGCAGCUACGUUGGAUAACACAUUGAAGCUUUGGGACUAUAGCAAAGGAAAAUGUUUGAAAACAUACACAGGACAUCGUAAUGAAAAAUAUUGUAUAUUUGCAAAUUUUUCUGUAACUGGUGGUAAAUGGAUUGUUUCUGGUUCAGAGGACAAUAUGGUGUAUAUUUGGAAUCUCCAGACAAAGGAAAUAGUGCAGAAGCUACAAGGACAUACAGAUGUAGUGCUUUGCACAACAUGUCAUCCAACAGAAAAUAUUAUUGCUUCAGCAGCACUAGAAAAUGACAAGACAAUUAAAUUAUGGAAAAGUGAUAUUUAA